UCAGGUGGUUCCUGUUGCCACCGCGUACUCCUCUGACAUGUACACAAAUGACACACGCAUACAUUGGCGGUGCCUAUCAAUGCAACCGACACACACUGGCAGACACACACAAACAUACAGGUACGUACACACUACUUGAAGACGACACGCUGACCGCAAGUAUGGGCGUCCUCAUCUCCCGCCUCUUCUCCGUGUUUACAUCCAAAACUCCCGCCAGGAUCCUGAUGGUGGGUCUGGAUGCUGCUGGUAAAACCACUCUGCUGUACAGAAUGAAGCUGGCUGAGGUGGUCACCACCAUCCCUACUGUGGGCUUUAACGUGGAGACUGUUGAAUAUAAAAACAUCUCUUUCACUGUUUGGGACGUCGGCGGUCAAACUAUCAUCAGACCACUCUGGAAACACUACUACGUUAAUACGCAAGGUCUUAUAUUUGUGGUGGACAGCAACGACCCUCAGAGAAUCAAAGAGGCCGCUGAGGAGCUGCACUGCAUGCUAGAAGAGGACCAGCUGAGAAACGUGGCCUUGCUGAUAUUUGCCAACAAACAAGACCUCCCUCACGCCAUGUCUGUCAGUGAGGUCACCACGGCCCUGCGCCUGUCGGGGGUCUCACAGCCGUAUUAUGUUCAGGCUUCAUGUGCGGUGAGUGGCACUGGUCUGGUGGAGGGUCUGGAUUGGCUCUCCAAGGAGAUCCUGAAACAGUCGUAGCUGACAUGAAGGUGUUCCUGCUGCAUCCACAGAGACGCACACAGAUGGGUGCUGGAAACAAUUGCUGACAUGUUGGAUGAAUAAAGUGAAAUUGUGUUUAUUUCAUGAAGUAAUACAGGAGCUGUGCUGGCUCCUCCUCCUCUCAGGGUAGAUGAUGCUGAUCUUCUCACUGCAUUCUUGUUGCCUUUCAUCCAAUUUUGCACUUGGGCUCAUCCUGUCUUCACAAUGCUUUUGCACUUUAAAACACUUUAUGUUCAUAUUGUACAAAUAUGAUGUUUCUAGUGGAAGAGUUGAUUUUGCUUGUUUCAGGAUUUUCUUUAUUAUUAUAUUUGUGAUGUUUGAGAAUUUUUUUUAUUCCACAAUAAAGUUG